CCCAACCCCGCCGCGGGAAGGCGCGGAACGCCUUGAGUCUGGCGCCUUAGACCACUCGGCCAUCCUGACACUGCGUCGGCAGUUCUCUCCGGGACGUACUUAGUGCUGUCGUCACGAUCCUAGUCGCUUCUCUGUAUCCCUUCACCCAUCACGGAGAGCCCGUCUGUACCCGGGAGUGCCGGAGAGCAGCCAGGGAACGGCCAGCUCAGCUCGGCCCGGCCCGACCGCGGAGCUCUGCCGCAGCGAGGAGGAGCCCAGCGUUACCCACAGGCCCCUGCCGUGCCGCCACUUCCGCUGCGACCAUUUUGUUCUUCACCGGCGUCAAGGGUACGCGCUCGGCUCUCAUCAUGUUCCCGGUGGCCAGGGCCGCGCAGAGCCUCGUCGCUCGAGGCAUCCAGCACACUGCAGUGAGGCAGGCUCAUCGCAAGCACGAGCCGACCUUCCACGACAAGUACGGAAGCAUGGUCCUCCUCGGUGGAGCUGCCAUGUUCACUGCUGUCUGGGGCUACGUGCUCACAACGCUGAAAAUUGAGUGGGGCUUCUCACCUGUUGGCAGAGUCACUCCCAGCGAGUGGAGGGAGUAACAGCCUCUGCUUCUAAUGAACUGGUCUAAACUUUCACUGAGAAAAUGGUCGUGUAGUGGCAUUUGUUCCUCAUUACCACUUGGACAGUGGCAUUCCUGGUCUAAUAAAUGUACCUAGAAACA